GCACCCGGAAGUACGUGCAGCGUGGAGAACGAGGCGGCCCAGCGGCGGCUUUAAUAACUUUAGUAUAAAAAUCUGCUUUAAGGUUAAUUUCCAACAUGAAUAAUACGACAGACGGGACGUGGGACAGUUUACCUGUUAAACUCAACGACAGCAUUUUACUAACGCUCGAGGAACUGAAAUUCACACACAUGACACCUGUACAGGCUGCUUGUAUCCCGCUGUUCAUGAGGAACAAAGAUGUGGCUGCUGAGGCAGUGACGGGGAGUGGAAAGACACUUGCUUUUGUCAUUCCUAUUAUAGAACUGCUCCUGAAGAGAGAAGAAAAGCUAAAGAAGAUGCAGGUUGGCGCCCUGGUGGUCACUCCCACAAGGGAACUGGCCCUACAGAUCAGUGAAGUGAUGGAGCAGUUCCUUCAGAAAUUUCCACAGUUCACGCAGAUUUUACUGAUUGGUGGCAGUAACCCGAUAGAGGAUGUUGAGAAGUUCAAGGAUCAAGGGGCCAACAUUGUGAUUGCGACACCGGGCCGCCUGGAGGACAUGUUCAGGAGGAAGUCAGAUGGUCUGGACUUGGCCAGCUCAGUCAAGAGUCUCGAUGUGCUGGUUCUUGAUGAGGCCGAUAGACUCCUCGACAUGGGUUUUGAGGCCAGUCUGAACACCAUCUUGGGCCACCUGCCCAAACAGAGGCGUACAGGCUUGUUUUCAGCCACUCAGACCCAGGAGCUGGAGAAGCUGGUGAGGGCCGGCCUCAGGAACCCAGUACGCAUCACUGUCAAAGAGAAGGGCGUGGCUGCCACCGCCGUCCAGAAAACGCCCUCUAGGCUCUGCAACUACUACACCAUAUGUAGAUCGGAGAACAAGUUCAACAGCCUGGUGACGUUUCUAAGGCAGCACAAGCACGAGAAGCAUCUGGUCUUCUUUAGUACGUGUGCGUGUGUGGAGUACUACGGUCGAGCUCUGGAGACUCUGGUCAAGAAGGUCACCGUCCACUGCAUCCACGGCAAGAUGAAAAAUAAACGCAACAAGAUCUUUGCAGACUUUCGGGCCCUGAAAAGUGGGAUCCUGGUGUGUACAGAUGUCAUGGCCAGAGGCAUCGAUAUCCCCGAUGUGAACUGGGUGCUGCAGUACGAUCCUCCCAGCAGUGCCAGUGCCUUUGUCCAUCGAUGUGGACGUACAGCUCGUAUUGGUAAUCAGGGAAAUGCCCUCGUCUUUCUGCUACCAAUGGAGGAGUCCUAUGUCAAUUUUUUAUCCAUCAACCAGAAAUGCCCGCUGCAGAAGAUGCCCCCUAUAGGUGAUGUUGUGGACGUGCUGCCCAAAGUGAAGGCCAUGGCUCUGGCAGACCGUGCCAUGUUUGACAGAAGCAUGAGAGCCUUCGUCUCCUACGUUCAGGCUUACGCCAAACACGAAUGUAGUCUCAUCUUCAGAAUCAAAGAUCUGGACUUUGCCUCCUUAGCCCGCGGCUUUGCCCUCCUCCGCCUGCCGAAGAUGCCUGAGCUGAGGGGGAAAACAUUUCCUGGUUUCAUUGAGACGACAGUAGACACAGAAACCAUCCGCUACAAGGAUAAGAACAGAGAGAAACAGAGACAGAAGAUGCUAGCCGAGCUGAAAGACAGGCCUCCCCUUCCCAGAAGGACGUUCGUCAAGAAUAAGGCCUGGUCUAAACAGACGACCAAGAAGGAACGCAGGAAAAAGAGGGCAGCCAAGAGGAAGCACGAUGAGGGCUCUGAUGUGGAAGAUGAAGACAUGAAAGAGCUUUUAAAUGACACUCGCCUCCUCAAGAAACUAAAGAAAGGGCAAAUCAGCGAGGAGGACUUUGAGAAACAGAUAACAAGUGAUCCAAAGUCAAAACACAGGACAGAAGGACCGUCACACGACAGCUCAGAGAAGGAGGACGUAUGAUCAAACGGCUGUAUUCCACUUUGUCCGCGUGAAAAGUUCAGUUAAAUCCACAGCAACACCUUUUGACAUUUGUUCACUUUUUCAUUUAUUGAAAGUUGUGAGGCCCAGUUAUAAAUAAAGCUUGAUGAGUUCAUCGCUGACAGCAGACGGGGUGAGGACUCCCAGGUCGGUGAAGAGGAGGGUGAUGAGGGAGGGAGGUGUGUAAUCGAUCAUCGGAUGCUCCUCUGACAGGUUCUGUGAGGUCUUCAGGGUAUCCGCUUUGUACUGUGGAGAUGAGAAGGACACAUGUAAAGAAAUACCCUGAAUAAAAACAUAAGUCAAGAUAUUAAA